AUGGCUUCUCUGUUGCUGCUUUGUGCCACGCUGCUUUUCCUCAGCUGCCCAUGUAAGGCCAUGUGGGCAGGGAAGGAGUUUGCCCUAUCUUUUAUGCAGAAUUACCAGCCAAACUAUGACACCCCAAGCUUCCAACUGCACAUCACUGCUGUUCAGACUGACACUAAAGUCACUGUGCAUGUGCCCUCUUUAAACUUCAGAGAAGAGAGGGACCUAACAGCGGGAAAGGGGGUCACCAUCCCUCUGCCCAAUAAAGUAGAGCUCUACGGCACUGGGAGGUCAUCCAAUACUGUCCGCAUUGAAGCUUCUGCACUUAUCACUGUAACCUCCUCCAACAACAAACUCUACACCACUGACACCUCUGUGAUUUUGCCUAUUAAUGAAUGGGGCACUGAAUAUUUCAUCUUUACUCCAGAUGGAUCUCCUUAUAACACCUUUAAAGAGUUUGCAGUGACAAAUGGAAAUGAGCCCAACAGUGUAGAAAUCAGUCCGACUGGUCCUCUUCGCUACCAGGGGCGCACGUACAUGAGCGGCAGCCGAUUACAGCUAGAUCUUCAGCCAUUUGAGAGUGUGCAACUGCAGAGCAGGGCCGUCCUCUCCGGUACCCAAAUUGUCUCAAAAAAACCAGUCGCAGUGUUCUCAGGUCACUCUUGCACCUGGCGCUUCUCCAAAUGUAACCACGUGUAUGAGCAGCUCCUGCCAGUUAGCAAAUGGGGUGCCAACUUUAUCAUACCCCCGCUGAGCUUCCAGAAGAAAUUUGACAGCGUCUUUAUCCAAGCAUCACAGAGUACUCGCAUCACUGUCCAAACUGACAAAGGGAAGGAGGUUUUUAGUUUGAGUAAGGGAGAGACAAAAGAAAUCACCUAUCACGACCCUACAACACUUGCCAUAGAGGCUGACCAUGCUGUCCAAGUCCUCCUGCUCUUCAAUGGUGUUACUUUAGGCAGAAACCAAUUCUACGACCCCUUUUUGACAAACAUAGUGCCGACGAAUCGCUUCUGUUCCUCGUACGCACUGCAGGGUCUGAGUGGAUUUGAUAACCAGGCAUUAAUUGUGGCUAAAACAAAUCAAAUGUUAGACAUUAAGGUUGAUGGAUCGGUGCCCAAAGAUGUUCAAUGGAGAAAAAUUGAAGGGACAGAUUAUUCAUGGGCUAAGAUAUCCUACAACCCAACUCGAGAUGGUGCCAGCCCCACAGUUUUAAGCAGCAGCCUCUCCUUUGGUCUGUACAGCAUCGGGCUGAGCCAGAUGAAUGGAUACGGUGCACCAGCACAAUGCAUCAAAUCAGGUACUUCUGAAGAGGAGUCUAGUGGGGGUUCUCCUUCUUGCAACACAGUCACCUGUAGUUCCCAUGAAGCGUGUAAGAUGAAUGAUGGCUAUCCCUCGUGUGUGACCAAGCCCAAAAAUCCUGGCACCUGCUGGGCAAUGGGGGAUCCGCAUUACCGCACAUUUGAUGGACUACUCUUUAACUUUAUGGGCCUUUGCACAUACGUCUUCAGUAAAAACAGUGAACCCAGUGACAGUCUUCCAGCAUUUGAGGUUCUUGCUCAAAAUGUAAACCUAGGAAUAGUUUCACACAUUGGCCUGGUCAUAGUAAAGGUGUAUGACAAGACUAUAACUGUGGCCCACUCAGAGAUCGGAUAUAUCAGGAUUGAUAACAGUCGUUGGGCACUGCCUGUCACCCUGAGCAACAACAAGCUGGUCAUAUCUCAGAGUGGUCGAUCUGUGCUCAUACACACUGACUUAGGUAUAACUGUCUCUUAUGACUGGGAUAACACUCUGGUGGUCACAGCGUCUGAAUCUUACAGUGGUAAAACUCGUGGCCUUUGUGGAAACUUUAAUGGAAACCCCAAUGAUGACCUUACCACUCCCUCAGGCAGCAAGGCAGCGAGUGUUGUUGCGUUUGGCAGUAGUUGGAAGGUGCCCGGGUUAGACCAAGGCGCUCUCUGCACGGAUGAGUGUGUGGACAGGUGUGAGAGGUGUGAGCACAGCCUAUUGAAGAGAUGGGAGGGAGAAGUAUUCUGUGGGAUAAUCACUAUGGUCUCAAAAGGUCCAUUCCGUGAAUGCCAUAGUGUCAUUGACCCACAACCCUACUUUGAAAACUGCAAACAUGACAUCUGCAUGGGAGAAGGUCUGAGGCAUUUUCUCUGCAAAACUCUGGAGGCCUACACUGAUGCUUGUCAAAAUGCAGGAAUUGUGGUCCACGAUUGGAGGAAAAUAGCCAGAUGCCCUGCUAACUGUCCAGCCAACAGUCACUAUGAGCUCUGUGGCAGCGCUUGCCCUCCCACCUGCUCUGACCCCGACGCGCCCUCCAAAUGCAAACGCCCGUGUAUAGAAACCUGCUCAUGCAACAAGGGCUACGUGUUAAGCGCAAACAAGUGUGUCCCUGCCAACAGUUGUGGCUGCACCUAUAAUGGGCGACACAUUCCUACAGGGGAAUCAUUUUGGUUGGACCAGGACUGUCGAAAGUGGUGCAGAUGUGAUCCCAAAAGCCAAAAGGUGGAAUGCAAAGACAAAGGCUGUAGGAACGGGGAGCAGUGUAGCAUUGUAGAUGGCAUCAGGAAGUGUGCCGCCGUCUCUGUCAAAACGUGUCAAGCCACAGGUGACCCCCAUUAUAAGACCUUUGAUGGAAAGAGAUUCAAUUUCCAAGGCACCUGCGUGUACCAGUUAGCUGCCCUGUGCUCCAACGAUCCAGAGUUAGUGCCAUUUGAAGUUAUAGUGCAGAAUGAUAACAGAGGCAGUAAAGUUGUUUCUUACACCAAAUUAGUUGAAGUCAAGGUCUACUCCCUCAGCAUAGUCAUUACAAGAACACAUAAAGGCCGUAUCAUGGUAAAUAAUGAGUUAGUAAACCUCCCUGUCAGUCUUCAAGAUGGAGAAGUGAAUGUGUACAAAAGUGGGUGGUACGCCGUUGUUCACACAAACUUUGGACUAAAAGUUACAUUCAACUGGGAAAGUGCUGUUUUUGUGACUCUGCCCAGUAACUACAUGGGUGCAGUGUGUGGCCUAUGUGGCAACUACAAUGGUAAAGCACAAGACGACCUUAUUCCUAAAAACGGCAACAGCCCCGUCAAACCAGCAGACUUCGGUGCGAGCUGGAGAGUGGCAGAAAUACCAGGAUGUGUUGAGGGGUGUAAAGGGAGCUGCCCGGAUUGUGACAUAACUGAAAUGAUCCAAUAUGAGAAAGAAGAUUUUUGCGGCAUCAUCAGAGAUCCCAAGGGUCCUUUCCGCGACUGCCAUGCUAAAAUAGACCCUGCUGGCUAUUUUGAAGACUGUACUUAUGAUGUCUGCCUCUACAAAGGAAGAAAAGAUGUGCUGUGUCAGUCUAUCACAGCUUACACUUCUGCCUGUCAAGUCGCAGGAGCCAAGGUGUACAGCUGGCGCUCCAGUCAAUUCUGUGCUAUAAAAUGUCCAGUCAACAGUCACUAUGAGAUCUGUGCAGUUUCUUGUCCUGCUACCUGCCAAAGCCUGACCCCUCCCAGGGGUUGCCAGGAGCUGUGUGAGGAGGGUUGCAGCUGUGAUGAGGGGCAUAUCCUCAGCGGAGACUCCUGUGUGCCCUUCUCGCAGUGCGGCUGUGUCUAUCAAGACCGCUACUACCACAUUGGCCAAGUGUUUUACCCCAAUGGACAGUGUGAGGAAGAAUGCAAAUGUGGACAAGAUGGAGAGGUUGAAUGUAAGAAGUUUUCAUGUGGUCCUAAUGAAAAGUGUGCAAUUGAGAAUGGAGUCCAGAAGUGUCACCCAGUUGGGAAGGGAGUGUGCCAUGCCUCCGGUGAUCCCCACUACUCCUCUUUUGAUGGAAGGAAAUUUGACUUCCAAGGAACCUGCACCUACACCCUGUCCCAGAGCUGCGGCGUGGAGGGCACUCACCUCACGCCCUUCUCCGUUCAAGUGGAGAACGUUGAGUGGGUCAAUAACAAGAGAGUGUCCGUCACGAAGCUUGUGGCUGUGAAAGUCUAUGACACCACAUUCAUGAUGAGAAAAAACAUGUUUGGAGUUCUGGUGAAUGGAAUCUUCCACUAUCUCCCAUUAAAUAUGAAGGAGGGUGCAGUGUUGAUUUACCAGGAGGGGACUCAUUAUGUGAUUGAGACAGAUUUCGGGCUGCGAGUCACCUAUGACCUCAUAUACCAUGUUAUUGUGACUGUGCCUGGCAAUUAUCACAAUAAGGUCUGUGGCCUGUGCGGCAACUUCAACGGCAAUCCCAAAGAUGACUUUCAGCUGCCUAACAAACAAGUCACUGACAAUGUCAACAACUUUGGGCUAUCAUGGAAAGUCACCAUUCCAAAUGUUGUGUGUUCAAAUGGCUGUGAAGGAAACACCUGUCCCAACUGUGACAGCGUUCGUAAGGCUGUGUUCUCCAAGCCCACCUACUGUGGCAUAAUCACCGCCCCGAAAGGUCCUUUUGCUGAGUGCCACAGUAAACUGGACCCGCAGCCUUACUUUGAUGACUGUGUCUUUGAUGUGUGUGUGUCUAAUGGUGAAGGGAAGGUGCUCUGUGACAGUGUAGCGGCCUAUGCCUUUAACUGUCACAUGGCAGGAGUGGAUGUGAAAAGCUGGAGGUCCCCCUCCUUCUGUCCAAUGAAAUGCCCGGCUAACAGCCACUAUGAGGUGUGCGCAGACUCCUGCUCUGCGGCCUGCUCUGGCCUCACAGAAAUAGUGCAGUGUCCCACCACCUGUGCAGAGGGCUGUCAAUGUGACACAGGUUUUCUGUUUAAUGGACAAACAUGUGUCAAAGAGAGCGAGUGUGGCUGCUAUGACCGGGGAAAAACAUACAAACCUGGUGAACUGGUCUACAAUGAAGACUGUACUACAAAGUGUAUGUGUAAUCCAACUACAGGCCUGGUUUGUGAAAACCACUCAUGUCCUCAAGGCACCAAAUGCACAGUGAAGGAAGGCAUUCAGGGAUGCUACAACACAGAUCCCUGCAAAGAUGCAAACUGCCGUGUUAAAGAAAAGUGUCGAGUGGAAAAUGGUGAAGCUGUGUGUGUGCCCGAGUACACUGGCAUCUGCUGGGCCUGGGGCGACCCACACUACCACACCUUUGAUAACUAUAACUUUGACUUCCAAGGCACAUGCAGAUAUGUCAUCUCUAAAACAUGUGGGGACCUGGACGGUCUAGUGCCCUUUUCUAUCACAGAGAGAAAUGACAACAGAGGAAACCGAGCAGUUUCCUAUGUCCGCGAGGUGGAGGUGUCUGUGUAUGGAUACAGUAUCAUUGUCCGCAAGAACCAAAUUGGCAAAAUCACUGUUGAUGGAGAGCUCCUAAAUCUGCCUUUGCAUUUGGAUGCAGAAGGCCGAGUGCUGUCUGUUGUUCAACUGGGCCAUUUGGCCAGAAUCGAGGCAGACUUUGGCCUCAUUGUCACUUAUGACUGGAACUGGGAGCUUGUGAUCAGGCUUCCAAGUUCAUACUACAACCUUGUGUGUGGUCUGUGCGGCAACUUCAAUGGCAAUGGUCGCGAUGAGCUUCAAAAUCCAGCUGGAAAAUCUGUGUCCUCUAUCAUUGAAUGGGGCAAAAGCUGGCAAACCCCUCAUCAGGAUAAGGACAGUCCAUGCUGGGACACUUGCGACCAAAAUUGUCCAACUUGUGAUGGUGACCAACGUAAGCUGUAUGAGACUGAAGCCUUCUGUGGUGCUCUCACCUCCAAAGCUGAUAAUAUGUUUAAGAAGUGCCAUGAUAAAGUGGACCCAGGUGCCUUCAUGAACAGCUGUGUGUAUGACAUGUGCAUGAACAAAGGAGACAAGAAGAUGCUCUGUCAGGCUUUGGCCUCCUACAGUCAGCAUUGUCGUGAGGAGGGAGUCAUUAUCAAAGGCUGGAGGCAGAAGUUUGGCUGUCCGAUGAACUGUCAUCGCCACAGCCACUUUGAAGAUUGCGCCAGCCCUUGCCAGCCAUCAUGCCCCUUCCCAGAACAACAGGACAAAUGCACUGGCACUUGUAUGGAGACAUGCGUGUGUGAUAAGGGCUUUGUUCUGAGCGCUGGAGUCUGUGUGCCCGCUAAAAGCUGUGGCUGCUCAUAUCAGGGUCGCUACUACAAACCCGGCCAGCGGUUUUGGGAGGGCCAGGCUUGUGGGCGCCUAUGUGAGUGCGAUACAACUCUGGGGAUGGUGAUAUGCAAGGAGGCGUCCUGCUCUGCCAAAGAGAAGUGCACGGUAGUGGAUGGGGUCCGUGCCUGCCGGCCCACCAGCUAUGCCACGUGCACAGCCUCAGGAGACCCCCACUACCGCUCUUUUGAUGGUCACAGAUUUAACUUCCAGGGCACAUGUGUGUAUCAGCUGGUAGCUCUGUGCUCUGAUCAGCCUGGUCUUGUGCCAUUUAAAGUGACUGUGCAAAAUGAACACAGAGGCAACAACAAGGCAGUGUCUUUCACCAAAACUGUCGCCCUCACUAUCUAUGGCAACACUCUCACUAUCAGCAGAGAGUACCCUAACAAAAUCCUGCUUAAUGGACAGCUCGAAUCUCUGCCCCUGGAGUACAGUGAUGAUCUGGUGGUGUUUCGCAGCGGUCGCACAGCCGUGGUGAAGACUGCUGCUGGCAUCACUCUGACCUUUGACUGGCACAGCACUGUCUCUGUUACUCUGCCCAGCAACUACCAAGGCGCCGUUUGCGGUUUGUGCGGCAACUACAAUGGAAGAGGAGAGGAUGAUCUGACCAUGCGCGAUGGCCAGGCUGCUGCUGAUGGAGUCAAGCUGGGUGAGAGCUGGCAGGUGGCCCUUGUUCUAGGCUGUUCAUCAGUCUGCCAGGGGCCAUGGUGCCACGCUUGUACAGACUCCCAGAGAGAAGUGUAUAGAGCACAGAAAUACUGCGGCGUUAUUGCAGACAAAGCAGGCCCUUUCAAAGUGUGCCACAGCCGUGUUGAUCCUGCCCCAUAUCUGGAGGACUGUGUGUUUGAUGCCUGUCAGUAUAAUGGGCACCAUGGCUCAGUUUGUGAUGCUAUCAGUACAUAUGUCUCUGCCUGUCAAAGUGCUGGAGUAGCUGUCCUCUCCUGGAGAACAGAGGCUUUCUGUCCGAUGGAGUGCCCUGCUAAUAGCCAUUACACCCUCUGUGCCACGGGCUGCCCAGCCACCUGUGCCAGCUUAACCUCUGUGAACUGCAACACACCCUGUACAGAAACGUGUGAAUGUGAUGAGGGCUUCCUGCUGAGUGGGGAUCUGUGUGUGCCUGUUAAAGACUGUGGCUGCACGUAUGAUGGACACUAUUACAGGAGAGGAGAUGUCUUCUACCCAGAGAACGAGUGUGUGGACAGAUGCACCUGCGGAGAAAACGGAGCUAUUUCAUGUGAAAAAGCCAAGUGCCGUCCUGGCGAGACGUGUAGAGUGGUGAAUGGUGUCAAAGGCUGCCACCCCGAGGGCCAGGCAAAGUGUGUGGCUUCUGGUGACCCACAUUACAUUUCGUUUGAUGGGGGCAGGUUUGAUUUUCAGGGCACCUGCAUUUAUGUUCUAACCAAGGUUUGUGAUGACGACAAAGGCCAGCUGACGCCAUUCACUGUAACCCAAGGAAAUGAGAAAUAUGGGAAUGGAAAAGUGGCUGUGACAAAGUCUGUUGGAGUGUCAGUCUAUGGUUUUGUCAUCUACAUUCAACAGGGAGUCUCAUGGAAAGUUAUUGUGGAUGAUGAACUUGUCAACCUGCCUGUGUCCCUAAAUGAUGGCCGUAUCCAAAUCACUCAAGAAGGCUGUAACAUUAUUGUUAGAACUGACUUUGGGUUGACAGUGCUCUAUGACACCAUCUAUUAUGUUGAAGUCAUUGUACCAUCUACAUACAUGGGAAAGAUGUGUGGGCUUUGUGGCAACUACAACAAGAACUCCAGAGAUGACUUCAGGCUCCCAAGUGGCCUGCAGAGCAAUAAUGUCGAUGAGUUUGGAAAGUCUUGGGUUGUGGAUCUUCCUGGAUUCGUAUGUGGCGGGUGUGGUAGUCAGUGUCCAGUCUGUGACCAGGCCAGAGAAGCUUUAUUUGGAAAGCCAGAGUCCUGUGGUAUCAUAAGUGCACCUAAUGGGCCUUUUAAAGCCUGCCACAGCAAAAUUGAUCCGGCGGCUUACGUCUCUCACUGUGUCUUUGAUGUCUGUGCGAUGGAUGGCAACAAGGGUACUCUGUGCAACAGUGUCCUGGCAUACGCCCUGGCCUGUCAGAGUGCUGGGGCCCAGAUACAGUCAUGGAGAACCGAGUCCUUCUGCCCUGCUUUGUGCCCAAAGAAUAGUCACUACGAGCUGUGUGCUGACACCUGCUCAGUUACCUGUGCUAAUCUAAUGCACCCAGUCUCCUGUUCAAAUACCUGCUUUGAAGGAUGCCAGUGUGACCAGGGCUUUGUUUUCGAUGGGAUUCAGUGCGUUUCCAUGGACAACUGUGGAUGUGAACACAACGGCAGAUAUCUAACGAUUGGUGAGACACUCGUGGAUCCAGAAUGUAAGUCCAAAUGUGUGUGCCAGACUUCUGGGACAGUGAGAUGUGAAAGACUGACCUGUGGCAGCAACAAAGUUUGUGAAGUUCGAGAUGGUGUCCGAGACUGCCAUGUGAAACAAGGCCAGUGCAUCAUUGACCAGACUGGUCACCUCUCCUCGUUUGACGGCAUUACUGGACCUAUGGAUGCUCUGGGGGCCUUCGAGGUGGCCUCUCUGUGUGAUGUCAUGGCGGAGCUCUGGUUCAGGGUGGUGGUGGACAUUCGGAGCUGCAGGAAAGGCAUUCAUUCUGUGGACACUGUUUAUGUCUUCUUCACAAAUGCCACUAUUGCAGUGAACAGUCAACAUGAGGCCUGGGUAAAUGGCAGAAAAGUGUCUCUUCCUGGAAGAGUGGGCUGUGAUAUCUCCGUGCACAUCUCCGACCGGAGCGUUGUUAUCGAGAGGGCGUCGGCUGUUCGGGUCACAUACUCCAUCUCGCAGGAGGUCACUGUAAUUGUGGACACCGGCCUCGCUUAUAAAAUGUGUGGCGCCUGUGGUAACUACAAUCACGACUCCAAAGAUGACAUGACAACAGCUGAUGGAAAAAUCACUUCGUCUGUGGCUGCGGUCGUGGGCUCCUGGCAGGCGGGCGACUUUUCAAGCUGUGGCCUCUAGUGCUUGCAAAUGAUGGUAAAGAGGAUAAGGAAACUAUGAAAAAACUUUAAAUCCACGCAGCCUACUGUCUUCUCUUCUCACUUUUGUUAUGGGAAAAUCACUGUUUCUCCUGGCUUAUUUUGGACCAACAGCUCCAUCUUGUGGUGAGAGGAAGUAUUAUCCACAUUUAGAGUGGACAAAUACGACCUCAUAUCUAUCUGUAUGCAUGUUUUACAUUUUUCAUUAACUGGCAAAUAAAAGGCA